AUGACCGAUUUUCGAAUGCCGCAAUCUGUUCCAGCCCGGAAACCGGCUCCCCCGAUUCAUCAUGGAUACACCGCGUACCAGUCCUACGAACCUUUGCAUCCUUCGCAACAACAACCUCAGCAGCAGCAACUGUCGCCUCACCCGUCUGUCGGAUCAUCCAUGGCCAGCAACCGUAAUCGAAUGUCCUUUGCGCCUUCUACCUACAUGAACACCAGUCCGCAAUAUCCCGCCAGCCCAGCAUCCCAGCAUUCAAUGAACGGCCCGGCUCUAUACCCACCAUCUCGACGUAUGUCCACCGCUACGACCUCGACCAACUCGACCGGAAACCAACCCGUUUCCGCUGGCGCCACCACGGAUAUUCGUCGCAGCACCUCCGCUCGUUCAGCCAAUGCUCAGCUGGGCUAUGUCGCUCUCAUGCGGAGACAGAAGGCCACCGUCUGGUGUGACCGGUCGCAACCGGAAGAUCCGCGCAUGAGGGCACAGAAAAUGGCGGAAAAGAAGCGGGCGUACUUGGAAGUUCACGGCGCGGGCGCCGGACGCACGGGUACCCUAGGUAGCGGGAAAAACAAACACGGAAACAAGGGUGUCACGGACUUCUCUCCAUCAACCCUGGUCGGUGCGAGCGUGCCAGUGCGUCUCAGUGCCAACGAAGUCGGAGACGAUGCCGAGGAUGAUGCUCGCAGUGACACUGUCCCUGUCCAUCGCCGGACAGAUAGCGGCCGCAGCUCUCUGGGCAGUGCUCAUCGGUACACCAGUGGAUAUCAGCGACCGCCACCAGGUCCGCCAGGCAGUAGCCAUAACCAGACUCUCGAAGAGAAGGUUCCGGAACAACCGCCUCCAGCGGAGAACCCACCCGUGGAAAAUACCCACCCGGGCCACGAUGAUGAUGCCAAUAGCUUCAACGGAAGUGAGCCCGAGGAAUACUUUGGCACUGUGAAUGACAUGAAAGCACCCAGUGCUGCUAUGUCGGCUACAGAGCGAGCCAAGAGGGCCGAGGAAUUGAAACGUCGCGGCAGUGUCGACGAUCGUACAACGUCAAUGAGUGGUGUUCGUCUCUUUGUUGCGAACCCGGAUGAGUAA